CUGAACGUUUCACAAGUGUGUCGUAGUUUGCCAUUGACACGCGUUUCAGAAGUUCACCGGUUUGACUGGACAUUGCACAAUCUCUAUGAAGAUUGUUCAAUUGCCUUUAAACUUCGCUUUAUUAUAACAAUAAAUAAAUGCAAGAGCUCUAAGUUAGACAAAAUUUAAUACUUUUUAUGUGUGGUCGACUUUACGUUUUUACGAUUAUUUAAAACAGUAGACAAAUGUAAACUGUGUUGUAUGUUUUAUAAACUUGUGACAUGAAAAAUAUAAAUGUAGUACCGGUCGUAAUAAUUUGCCUUUAGGUUAUUUUAUUUUAUUAUUUAUCGUUGACAAUUUAUCAUGCAGUAAGCAGGUAAAGUUGAAUAUUCGAUUACAAAAUUGCUUUGUUUAUGCAAUAAUAAUUUUACAUUAAGAGGAAGGAUUGCGGAAAUAAUGGAUGUGGAAGAUCUAGACUAUUCUUUGCGAGGACACAGCAGAUUCGGCCAGGACAUCGGUAGUGGGGCGGUGAUCGUGCAAGGGAUCGGUUUCGGUGGGAAAGCGAGACGGCAGCCGAUCAGUCGCGUUGUCAGAAGUGUCAGAAGGAAGUGUCGCGGCGAGACCGACGCUCGUCACCCCGUCGUCAGUCGCGAAAAAGAAGCGGACCGGCACGUUCGGCGCUCAUCGGCUAGCAGGCUCGCGAUCGCGUUUGUCGCCUGCGCCACUGUACUCACCUGUCACCUAGCCGAGUUUUACCUACGCGCGAUUGGCCGAUGCGCCACGUGCGCGAUGGGCAUGAUGGGAAUGUUCAAGUGGCUACGAAAAGAUGUCACGCAGAGAGAACGAAAUGGAUGGAAUUUAGCACAGAAGCACUAUGGUCUUAACAACGAAUCUUACCGAAAUGCUCUACAAGCAUUCAUAGACCGCAGACGACCUUCAGACGACGUGGAGACGGAAGCACCAUGUAGUCCUGACAAAACGAGAGCCGAUCUCGUCGCAAAGAAUAAUAACAAUAAAUACGAUAAUGAACGCAAAUCCCAAGAAUCGAAGUUUGUUUUGCGUGGUAUACCACACGUGCCAGCCUCAGAGAUUUUUGAGAUCGGCUGGAUAGCGGGAACCGAAGACCGAUACCUGGAGCUGAUUUUUGCCGAAUGGCAAAACACAAGAGUUUCUCUAAAAAGGCACAUUCAUCCGGAAUGCAAAGAUGCAGUGAAAGCUGACUUAGAUGUACUUCUGGAAAUCCCACAUCCAAACGUGAUACUUUUGAUGGGCGUUACUAAUACGGACGACCACGGUCUGGUCUCCAUUUUCGAAUCCGUCGAUUGCACCCUUUACCAUUACAUACACGAACAGGGUGAACGGAUAUCAAUACAGAGCAUUGCAAAAAGCGUAGGAAGAUUAUCCGAUGCCUUACGACAUUCCCAUGUCCUCGGAUACGUGCACACUGCCAUCAGCUCGCACUGCGUCUAUCUGGCUUCUAGCGGCAUCGUCAAACUCGGUGGAUGGGAGUUGGCUAUGCACGUCGAUAACCCGAAACCGAACAGGGAAUACGAGGAGCGGUUAAGAAACGAAAUUUUUCGUUGGCAAGCGCCAGAACUUUUCGAGAGUAACGAACCACGUAAAGAGAGCGAUGUUUACGGGCUCGCCAUGUUGAUUUGGGAAAUGUGUACAAUGCAGGUACCAUGGAAAGGAUAUAGCAAAGUAGACGUGGAGCGACAAUAUGCACAACGGAAACGCGGUAUCACUAUGUAUUUGUAUGAUUUUCCGCCCUUGCUUCACAAUCUACUAGACGCUGGACUGCAAAUCGAUAUUAACAAAAGGACGCUCGAUAUGAAUCGAAUGCGUAGAUUUCUUCAAAGACUAGAGAUGCAAUACGAAGACGAAGAUCCCAUAUAUGUCGAUCAGCACUCGAACAAUAACAACGAGGCUGGAAAGACUUAUAUCCUGUCAAAGUCGAAGUCGUCUGCAAUAGUAAGGAGUGAAAAAUCAGUGCUAACAAGAAGUAGUUCAGCCAAACAAUUGUACUCCGCGAAAACUUCGGAAACUUCCCCGACGAAACAAUACUUAAUCGCGAAGAAACUGGCGUCUAAGCAAAGCGGCAACGUGAAAACGACGGCGCAUAUUGAACCAAUAAACAUAUUCAAAGACAACACACUAAAGAACAUGAACGUGCUUUAUAACAUGCAGAGUAAUUACAAGAAAAGCAAUUGUUUAUAUUGCACAUCAGAGGUCUCGGAUACCGUUCGAAACGAAGAAACGAGUUCGAUUGAUUUUACGCCACCGUGGAACUAUAAGUACAAAAAAGUUAAAGCCCCCGAGGAAAGUGUAGAUUCCUGGAUCACAACUAUGUGCUCUCCGACAUUAGACUUCACCGAUGACGAAUCUUAUAAAGAUGCCAGGACGAAUUUAAAGCAGUUGAAGAAAGAUCUGGCGGACAAGAGGGAACGCUUUUUCUAUGAAAGUGAUACGUCCCAAAGUUCUUCGAUUCCAAAUCUCAAAGCUAAGAACAAAUUACUAACGCAAACUAGGAGCAAAAACUACGAACCACAUAAACCAGCUAGUCACAAAACAAGCAUCGAACCAAAGUGUAAUAAGUCCCCGGGCGAGUAUGAUUCGUCUUGUAUGAAAUCGUCGAGUUACCAGUACCGUAAGAUGCCUUACUCUCACAUGCCAAUGCCCAUUAAAGAAGCAAUAGCACAGCCGCAAGUUUUAAAUUCCGAUCCACAAAGCUUUUUCGAAACCUCUUUGUGGAGAAAGGAAAAGUCAAUUUGUUUGGCCAAAAUGAGAAAAUCAUGUGGUGAUGAAUCGACACACUAUGCUCAGAGUACAAACAGUCAUGCCACAGUUCCUAGUACGACUUUUACCAGAAACGCGACAAUAGAUUUAAACUCGCCGAAGCGUGACAACACAUACAUUCUAAAUAGACAGUCAGAAGGAACAGAAACUAGUCAAGAAAGACAUACAGCAAUGUCUGAAAACAUAAGUGAUUCGACAGAUACAACCUUGCAGAUUCUAAAAGACGCUUUGGAUCGUGCUACGAAAAUUGUUCGCAGUGCCACGCCAAAUUCUGACGAAUCGUGUCCAUCGCCUCCAUUCAAAACUUACGAGAAUUUCGAAAUUGUUAUAGACGAUAAUCAAAUUAACAAAUCCAUUUUCGAAGAUCUGUACGACUUGCAAGAAAGUAAUGAUAAUGAGGAAAUUAAAAGUAUCGAAAAAUCAACUGAGAGUAACACGUUUUUGAUCGAAAAAAAGAACUUCGAUGAAACGACGACAAAAGCAAUGGACAGUAUUGAAGUUUCGAAGAAAUCUGAAAACGAUAUUGCCGUUAGCAUCACCAGCCACGAAAACUCAAUGCAUUCGUUCGAAACAACGUUUGCCAGAAAUUUCGUUUGUGAGUCCAUUGCUGAGGUAUCGAGUGAACAUAAUUGUUCUUACAACGAUUCGAAAUUGGAUAAAACGUCUGAGUCAUGCAAAAACAAAAGCACCACUGUUGAGAAUCUGGAAAAAUCUUCGGAAAAUUUGGAAAAUCUCAUAACGACUAAACAAAGUAACAAUAAGGAAGAGACAACUCCUAAAAAAGAUCAAGAAAAACAUAAAGCAACGAAUCUUCAUUUAAUGUUUCUAAACGAUUCAUCGAACACUAAAAAUUGCAAUUCAUGUCAUCAAAGCGCUUUACCAAGGCGACGUUCUUUACCAGCGGCACUGAGCCAAUUAAGACUAAGUAAUAGUUCGGCGCUUGGCAAACUACCUAUACGGAGAGGGGAUGUUCGUGAUAAUACCGUUGAAGAUUUAUAUAUAGAUGACGAAUUCGGCGACAGUUUAAAUAUUAAUAUGGUUUUGUUAGGCGAAGAUGUACCAAUUGAUGAAGAUUUCUUAUCUGACAUAUCUAACUUAGAUAUUACAAAAUAAUAAUCAUCACUUUCAUUAUAAUAAUUUAUUAAAUUCUAACUUUAAAAAAAUACAAUAAAUGUAUUUUAUGUUCAUCUCAUUGAUAUUCAUAUAAUAGUCAUAAAUAGUACUAUAAUAAUGUAUAGUAGCAUCAGAGUACUGUAAAAUUUAAAACAUAUCAACACUUUUGUGUAAAGCUUAAAUAUAUGUAAUAAAUAACACCAUUUAUGUGAAAAAUAUCUGAUAACAAAAAUAAAUGAUUUUAAUAUAAAAUCUUAAUUAUAAUUA